CCUGGAGGUGACGAUCGCAGGCUGCCCGCGCGCGGCGUACGCGCGCUCCCGCCGCUUGGGAGCGAGCACGUCAGCCCAGGGGCGCGCGCGCGGCUGGCAGCUCCUCGGCGCGGAGGAGGGGACGCCGCGAGAGGGUCAUCAGACUUUCAUGUGUGUCGGCCAGUUCUGAAAUCUUGAAGGAGCUCUGCAUUAAGGAAGAUCAAAGAAGCAGUCUUUGCAAAUUAGGGAAUGGACCGUUUGGGUUCCUUUAGCAGUGACCCCUCUGAUAAGCCACCUUGCCGAGGCUGCUCCUCCUACCUCAUGGAGCCUUACAUCAAGUGUGCUGAAUGUGGGCCACCUCCUUUUUUCCUCUGCUUACAGUGUUUCACUCGAGGAUUUGAGUACAAGAAACAUCAAAGUGAUCAUACUUAUGAAAUAAUGACCUCAGAUUUUCCUGUUCUUGACCCCAGCUGGACUGCUCAAGAAGAAAUGGCCCUUUUAGAAGCUGUGAUGGAUUGUGGCUUUGGAAAUUGGCAAGAUGUAGCCAACCAGAUGUGUACCAAGACCAAGGAAGAGUGUGAGAAGCACUAUAUGAAACAUUUCAUCAAUAACCCUCUGUUUGCAUCUACCCUGCUGAACCUGAAGCAAGCAGAGGAGGCAAAAACAGCUGACACAGCCAUUCCAUUUCACUCUACAGAUGACCCUCCCCGGCCUACCUUUGACUCCUUGCUUUCUCGGGACAUGGCAGGAUACAUGCCAGCUCGAGCAGAUUUCAUUGAGGAGUUUGACAAUUAUGCAGAAUGGGACUUGAGAGACAUCGAUUUUGUUGAAGAUGACUCGGACAUUUUACAUGCUCUGAAGAUGGCUGUAGUCGAUAUCUAUCAUUCCAGGUUAAAGGAGAGACAAAGGCGGAAAAAAAUUAUAAGAGACCAUGGAUUAAUCAACCUUAGAAAGUUUCAGUUAAUGGAACGGCGGUAUCCCAAGGAGGUCCAGGACCUUUAUGAAACAAUGAGGAGAUUUGCAAGAAUUGUGGGGCCAGUGGAGCAUGACAAGUUCAUUGAAAGCCAUGCACUGGAAUUUGAACUCCGAAGGGAAAUCAAAAGGCUCCAGGAAUAUAGGACAGCAGGCAUUACCAAUUUUUGUAGUGCCCGAACCUACGAUCACCUCAAGAAGACUCGAGAGGAGGAGCGCCUUAAACGCACCAUGCUCUCCGAAGUUCUCCAGUACAUCCAGGACAGCAGUGCUUGCCAGCAGUGGCUCCGCCGGCAGGCUGACAUUGAUUCUGGCCUGAGUCCUUCCAUUCCGAUGGCUUCAAAUUCAGGUAGACGAAGUGCACCACCCUUGAACCUCACUGGCCUCCCUGGCACAGAGAAACUGAAUGAGAAAGAAAAGGAGCUCUGUCAGAUGGUGAGAUUGGUCCCAGGAGCCUAUUUAGAAUACAAAUCUGCUCUGUUGAAUGAAUGUAACAAGCAAGGAGGCUUGAGACUGGCACAGGCAAGAGCACUCAUCAAGAUAGAUGUGAACAAAACCCGGAAAAUCUAUGAUUUCCUCAUCCGAGAAGGAUACAUCACUAAAGCCUGAGGCUCUAAAAGCUUAGGAUCAGAAAUCACAAGUUUGCAGCGUGGUGGGCCAAGGGACAGUGUGGGCAUUCAGGGGAGUUUCAUUUUCAGCUGAAUUCUCAUUUUAAAAAAAGGGGAAGGACAAAGGAAGCCUGAAGUUGUAUUAUGUCUACUUUCUUCUCCACCCUGCUUUAAAACACUCCUGUUGUUAGUAUUGUACUGCAGCUAUGUGCUAGAUAAGCUAUUAUUAAAUGUGAGUGGGCAUUCAUUCCUAACUCCUCUUGUAACUAAAACAAGAACCAUAGUACCUCACAUCACAGUGUUGGUAGAAAUAGAACUAAAUCAGUCUUUAGUCCCAGGAGUCCAGCUCAGAUCAUUGUACUUGGGAAGUUGGCUUUUUGAUUAUCUGUUUUGCCCUCAAACAUUACAGACAGAUUUAAAAUAAAGAGAAGGGUUAUAGAGCAUGAGAAAGCUUUCUCUUUCCUUCUGAGAUGUUUUUAAGCUGACAACAACAUUUAUGAGCUAAGGGGAGGAAAAUCUCGUCAUCGUGGUCUUGUCCCAAACUGUGUCUUUAAUAUCUGGCUUUGUACUUUUCAGUUUGUCUAAUCUGCAGUAGACUUUUGAGGAGGUGGUACUGGAUAUAAAAUGUCUCUUGUUAUUUUUAGAACUAAUGGAUUAAAAUGUUUUGCUACUUAAUUUGUGGUUGUGUCAAAUAUUCUGGUAACUACAGCACACUUAGGGUGUUGGAUGCCAGCCUCGUCACGCUGCUCUGUCUCUGCUAACGUGUGUCCUGGACUCACUCUGUUCUUACCCUGGUUUCCCUGGAUACCAGGCCCCUGAGGAUGAAGAUGAUGUAACCAACCUCAGCUUGCUUGGAUUGAGACCUGAGCCCUAAUUUCUCAAUGGUAAAAGGCUGGCCUGCAAUAAAAGCUACUUCUAAAACAAAAGUAAAGCAGUUUCAUACAUGGAACUCACUAGGUAUGAGGGUGAGUACCCCCACCACAUCUGAAACUUGGUCUUCAAAGCUUUCUACAGAAUACAAGUCCACACUUAGAGUCAUGGUUAUCUCAUUUCUGUUAGAAGCAAAACUGUGCAUCUAAAUAACUUAAUUGGCACAAAUUACACCUGUAGCUAAAUGAUUCUUUAGUUCUUUCAACAUUCAAAAUAAUCUAAUUAAAAUAUAUGCUUUGUUGGAAGUAUGGUCAAACUUUUUAACUGAUGUAAAAUUGCAUUAUAAUUGCUUCUCCUAGGGAGUUACAAAUGAAAAGGAAACUCCUAGAAUGUAAGGAAAUUAGAAUGAAAAGACUUAAAUCCUUAAAAAGUGUGGCUUGUGGAAAUGGUUUCUUUUCCUUGCAUAGUCCUCUCUUACAAAACAUAUUCUACCACCAGUGUUACCCCUAGUUGGUUAUAAAGGGAUUGCUUCCUAUCCCUGAAAGGUAAUUCCUGUUCUGAAAAUUUGGGAUGCAUUGGACAUCAGUGACAGAAGAUGACUGUUGCAGUCUGAAAAGUCCUUGAUCUUGAUUAAGGAAGGCUUCCUGGGAGAGGUGAGCUUUGAGGCAGUGAUAAUAAGAUCAAGAGAGAGAGAGAAAAUGGCAGAUGGGAAUGGGAGACAGUUCUAGACACAGCGGGUGGAGGAGGAUGUGGAGGCAGCAGUGGGGUAAGGAAAAUGGUGCCAAGAGAUUGAGGCUGGCUGGGACACGGGGGCAGCUUUGGUAGUUAGGAGUGGGAGGAUGGCAGGACCAUCUGAUAGAAUCCUUGGAACCAGCUGAACUUCAAACUGAUUGGGGAAUCAGGUUCGACGAGGAAAAUGGCAUGGUUGAAAAUAGUGAUAGAAAAAUAAGACUAAUUUCAAAUGACUGGAUUUUAGUGAGAUUAUUAUUUGGGUAAACCCAAUUUUGCAAAAUUUAAGGCCUAGGAUCCCUAGUGGAUUUCUCAAAGAUCAAGCCAUAUUUUGCGUGAGGAGUACUCAAGGUGAGUCACUGAGGUGCUGUCUUUUUGCACUCAUAAUAGAAAAGCACUUGCUGAUACAUUUGAUGUGGCUACCUUAAGUACGUUAUUUCUUUGUGUUCUUAUCCCCAAAGGAAGGCCCUUACUAUUAAAAAUCCAGAGCUAGCACAGGCUUUUCAAGAUGAUUCCAUCCUUCCCCUUUGCUGCUAGACAGGAUUGACCAUAAACCAACUAUACUAAUAGAGUUCUUAGUUCAGAUCAUCUCAGAAGAGAGGGAGUUUACUCUGAAACUCAACAAUAUAAAUAAAGAUCUUUUCCUGUUAUUUUUUAUUGCAAUUUAAAGUUUUAGUGGAAUUUUACACAUAUCCUCUGUCAGGGUAGGAAACAGAACAAAUUUCUUUUUGUAAAGUGACCCUUUGCUGUGCUGAGAGACCUAGACUGCCUGCCUCUCAAGGCCAACUAACUACUAAUAGUUUCUCUUCUUGGGCUCCAGUUUUCAUCCUUUAAUUGUUUAUGACUCACCCACCCCCUGCUUUUAAGUUUGAACUCAGUGAAUUAACCAGUCUUUGUUGAGAGAUAAGAACAAGCUUCCCAGUUUUGAGUAAUGAAAUCAUUAGCUUGUGGUUAGCUGGAAAGGGGAGAAGAGCAAUGACACUGAUCAAUAACAAAUUCCAGGUGGUACAUCAUUCUGACCUUUGGAAAUAUGUAGAUAAGUCGUAAGAGAACUAAAAUUUCCAGUGUGAAGGAUCAGAGGCCCAAGUUAUAAACAGAAGCUUAGAAAAAUUUGUUCAUAUUUGCUCCAAAACACGUUUCCACUGGUCUUUAAGCAGGAAAGUGGUACUUUGUUCUGAAUAGCAUUCUGAAACCUCACACAUCCAUGUUUAAGAAUGUCUUUAUGGGUACCUUCUAGAUGUAUAUUGUACUGUUAACACAAAAAGCUUUUCCACAACGUAUAUGUACCUGCCUAUUUGUUUAAUUCCUAAAAAUUAAAGUUUGAUUCAAGAAA